AUGGCUGAGACAAGACGACUCACGGACCUGAUUCACGGUCACGUAGGAAGUCUUACUUAUUUGCCUCCAGAAAAGGCGACAACUCAAGUCGGUACUUUUCACACCAGUCGCAUCACAUCUACAGUGAUUGGGUCUUCAGCAGAGCUGUAUCCGCCUUCAAAGUCUCCAUCUCCAGAAAUCUCUUCCAAUCUUUGGCAGGAACGGAGAAUUCAGAAGCGAUGGCUUCUUCAGGCUCAUCCGGAAGCCUUUAUGGGCAACUCAGCUGUCUCGACACUACUAGAAGAGAACAUGGAUCGUUACUCCAAAGUUGAAGGCGAAAUCAGCGAUCGACCACUGCUUUCUAUCGGCCAAAUGACAAAUAUGUCUGAUCAAUGGAGAGUUGCAGGAUCGCCAAUGCUCGCGGCUGCGACGGGAGAAUCGGGAGAACUACUAAGAUUGGCCCGAAUUGACCAGUCAAAGUGGCAGUGGGGGACUGACAAGCACACGACUCUUCAACCCUCUGUGAUUGACCCCGAUGAUCCUGAAGAGGAGGCUAUCUGGGCCAGCGAUGGCCUACCAAUCUCCCAAGUCAAAUUCGCAACCAGCAUGUCGCGAUACGAUGUUGUCCGUUGGCUUAUAGUUCAGAAGCAUACUUCGACCACUAUUCUCAGCCCGGAGUAUCACAAGGUCCCAGUAGCCCAGUCAUCCACUACCGACCUCAAUAUUCAGCGCCCUCGACUGUCGCGAAUUGAUCCCAACCCAAUUCUGACCAUCUCGCAUAAGAUGACUGGUGGAAAUGCGCAAAUGGACGUUGCGUUUAAUCCGAAUUCCAAAGGCCAACUACCUCAGAUUGCAAUCAUCGACGAGUGCGGAUAUUGGUCGAUAUGGGACACUGUGGGAGGGAGACCAAGAACACGAAUAUCGUCUUGUAAGGUCGGUCACAUUUCAGACGGUUUAUUAGACGAGAUUCCCUCCACAACAGAGCACAAUGCGGAAAAGCACGGCAUUCUAUUUGUUGGUGCCGCUGAAAUGGACAGUUUCUGGGAGGACGAUUCGCAGAGUGCCGACGAGUCUGGAGAGUCGGCAAAGCGGUCAAGCCAUUUGUUGAUAUGGAACAGAGAAAAGUACGAAGUGAUCGAUCUUGAGUCACACAUAGCUCUACCUCAGUUGUCACUCUUGGCUCGUCCAAAGUCUAAGCCUGAUGCGAUUCUUGACAUCCGGGUCAGCCCCGCAAACCAAAAUCACAUCUUCGUCUUGACUAUGCGAAAUCUUUACUGGAUUGACUUGUUUGCGACAAGGAGAGAGGAGGAACCACCAUCACCAAAGCCGACCAUCUUAAUUUCUUGCCCCCGACUACUAGAUAGAGAGGCGCUGCGUAUGACAACCUGCCUCACUUCUGAAGGCGAACAACAAGCCGCCAUGGUAUUUGUCUUUUCUCCGACCCACAGACAACUUGAAACAUACUGGUUUGGACAUUCAAAGCAAAGUGGCCUUCCGUACUGGCAUCGCGACGUUCUGAGUCUACCGAAUGGGAGCAGUGCUGUUCAAGGUGACAUUCAGUCGCUAGAGAUCCGUCCUGCCAGGCUUACUCAAGACGGAAAGCCCUCCUCCGGCCUAGGAGCAGAUUAUUACCGUGCAGGUGUUCAAUUCUAUCAAGGGAGUAUCUUGAGCAAGAAUCUAGGUGUACAAUACUGUAUCUGUGUUUCAGUCAAGGACCGCAGUAUGCAAAUUACACUGCCUACUGGACGACUUGUACGGUCCAAGACAGACCAGGCGCAGCGGUGGAAGAAAAAGCGCAAGCAGUUUCUGCGACAUAUGGGCCUCUCCUUCGUGCUUCCAGAUGGCAUGGCUGACAAUAUCAACGACGUUGUAAAGCGCCGCGAUCAAUCUACUGAAAUAGAUGUUAUGAACAACAGGGCAUCUGAAGUCCUGGGGCCUAUGAACCUCAAGCUGGACUUCAUGUGUCGAUAUCUUCAACAAAACCUUGUUGCUAUCUCCAAGGGCGUUCACGACAUUCCUCCUGCCCUUCUUUAUGCUAUUCAGGAGAAAAUUGCAGAGGGCAUGGCUGAUGGACGGCUCUCCCUAAAGACUUGGAAAGAGAUUGACGACCAAACGGGGUCCAUGGAUCUGGCUAGUUACAACGCAGAGCAACCAGACAUACUUGAUUUGUUCUUGGGCGAUGAUGGACAAACAGUGGUAACACAGCUUGGAAGACAAACUUCGGAGGAGUGGAUUCGGGAGCUUGUCAGUUUGUCGCAUCUCAAUCAAACGUAUGUGGACCUCUGGCUUGACCCUGUAGAAGGGAGGCUGCCUGAAGAAGAGGAGGAAAUAAGGAGAGGCUGGAUCGCAGACUUGGCCAAGGAUAUGUUUCUAGCAACAGCUGGUGUCAUGGUUCAAGAUAUGCCCCUUCUAGGGACAGCAAGCCAAGGGGGAGAUGAGAGAGCACCGCCUACACAAUCGAGUGCGAUGCAAAUCAGGUCAUCACAAACAUGGGAUGGUGGCAUCCCUUCCUCGCCUCCCAGCACGACAGCGAAUAUUACCAGCGAUUCUGCGAUCAGGCGAUUGCAGCUCCUCGCACCCUCGUUACAGUUGGACAAGAUGGAAACCGCCAAACAGUCAAGUGUUUUGUCGCGCUGGCCAACUGAACGCGGUGUCACCACCGACGACUACAUUUCUAGCGUUGCUAUUGCCAGCGACAGAAAGUUUGAGGAUGCAAGAUUGCGACUACAGAGGCUGGAAAACAAGCGCAAGGCACACGCAGAAAAGUACAGAUUGCCACCAGCUAUGCGACCAGGCGGCGAAUCCACACCCAAAGCCAAAAAGGCGCAAAUCCGGACAGGAACACUCGGUGCACCACCACGGUCAUCUCAAAUGCGUCCCCAAAGAGAAGACCUUGCAGAGCUGCCGCCUAUGCCAGCUGCACCAACACCUGCGCAGUUUAUGUCGAGCCAGCAGGGAAUGCCCAGCUCAUCUCAGAGCCAAGGUUUCUUUGGGCCUUCGAUUGCUAUGAGCCAACCAGUAUCAGGUAUUUUUGGAGAUAGGAAGAAGGCCAAAAAGCCCAAGAGAAAGAGUGGAUUUAGAUGA